GCUGUGAGAUAACAAGCAUUACAUAAUGCAAGGAAAGCCGUGAACAGAGUGAAUGAUCAUCGUAAACUUGAUUCACUCCUGCCAUCGGAAUUAAAUUUCAAUUCAUGGACAAACAAAAAGAGGAAAGUUUAGGCAUUAUUUCAAUGUUUGCAGAAUGAACUUGAUACAUUCAGUUCUUACCUAAACUUAUCAGCCAUUCCAAGUAAAACCCGAAUUGUGUCACUUUCUAUUUUGAAGCUGAGGAAAUUUUGCUUUCAAUUUCGAGGAAGAGGGAAUUAAGAGAAGGAAAAAAAUAACGAAUGAACCUUCUUUUGUUUUUGUAAAUGUGACAAUACGUGUUUAAUCCAUUGAUUGCGCGUGGACCCUGUAUGACGUCACUGAGAAAUUACGUCGAACGUUUAUGGCGUGAGGAACCCGUGUUUAUACGGAUAUAGAUACACAUUGCUUUCAAUUGUGUUAUAUAAAGGAGACUUCGGAAAGCAAUUGCAAAUAUGUAAAGACAGAACAUGCAAUGUAGUGGAAUAAUUCAACUGUUGGUAACGAUAAUUCACACUGUGAUAAUAAAUACUAAUGGAAACCCAGGAGUAUGUCACAUUGAGAAAUAUACAUUAGAGGAGAUUGGAAUACCAGAAGUACCGGAGUUUUUGAAACAAAAAAAGGAGACCUACCGCUGUAGAGGCACACAAGAAGGAACUAAGCUGUUAUAUUGUGAGAAAGAAUUCAUACUCCCUAAAUGCAUAUGUAGCUAUCAUCAUGUUGCUAACAAAUCUAAUCACGAUUACACGGCAUGUGGAGAUAACUCUAAAGAAGACAGCAUACGGCACAUGACAUGUGCAAAAUGUAGAGACUAUAGUAUCAAUCAAACUGGGCCUUGUUUGAAUGGUGGAAAAGUCAGUUGUACAUCUGAUGACGAACUGGCUGCUGAUCUGUUCUGUUCAUGUCCAAAAAAUUACUCUGGGACAUUUUGUGAAAAAGGAAAUGUCACGUCAUACAGAAUUUGUCACGUCGAGCUACAAGAAUCAAAUCUACCUAACUGUCACGAUCGACCGGAGGAAGUUUGUAAAGUGGUUACUGCAUCCAAAAACUUCACUUGUCCUUUAAAUUCAUCUGAAGAAAAAUUACAUCAACACUGCAGCUCGAUGUACGAUUUAGUAUCGAAUAAUUCGAAGGCACCAGAAAGACACCAAGUGAAAACUGUAAACUCUAGCAGCUUCCUUCAGGAGACAUUUAUUACUCUUGUGUGUCUUACUCUCCUACAAAUUACUCUCAGCAGUUGAUCUUUACGACGUGAAAUCCAUUGAUAAGACUUUUUAAAAGAUAAAAAUGCUCAUGAAGACUAUCAUAUAAUGAAGUGUUCCCGAUGGAUUUAGCGAAAUCUUAUUUUUGUACGAGAAAUGUUGUGUCUGAAAUUCAUGCAGGCAAAAGUAAAAUAUUUGAUUCAAUAAGAAAAGAAUACUUAAAAAGAAUGUUAAAUAUUUAUAAGCUCUUCAGAUCGGUCUUUAAUUCAGAAUAUUAUUUGUAUUGACAGUAUAUAUGUCUCUAUAGAAAGGUACAAUGUAACUUACUUGUACAUGAAAACAUUGUAAUAAUGAUUUUACGUUAUGUGAGCAUUAUGACCCUAAAAUAUAUUUACAAAAUUAAGUCCCAGAAAUUGACAUAAGACGUACAAUUAUUUUAGACAAUUGAACAGAUUUUGAUGUCAGGGGCGGAUCCGUUAAGGGGGGGGGGAUUUUUUCAGAGACAAUGGGUCAGAAGUCCGCCUUAUGACCCUCAGUAGGGGUCCACUGAGUAAAGCCCUUGGAAGCUCCUAAAUUUUAGAGAUUCAAUCUAAUAAUAAAUUUUCAUAGGUCGCUUAGCUCCAGUACCACUACACAUGCACACAUUUUAGUAUCAAUUAUCAUCAAAUGAUUCACAUUUUUCAUCAGAAAUUUUUUUCUAGUCAAACUUAUUUGCUCGUUAUUGAGUUGUGGUUUGAACGCAUAUACUUAUAAUUCUUGGAUUUGAACCACCACCACAACCUCCCACCUUCAUUGCGAGAGAGGUCGUCUCUCGCAUCAUUGCUUGUUUUCUCGUUUUUUUUUCUAAGAAUCAAUAGAUUUGCAAAUGUUUUGAGGAAAUAUAAGCUAAUAAAAUACAUGUAUAAAAAAACA